AUACAUAUAUAAAUACAGAAAGUGAUUGCCAGAGAGUGAGAGGGAAAGUGAAAGCUAUCCACACUCCCCCACUUUUAUCUCUCUCUCUCUCUCUCAACACACAAUCAUAAAUCUUUGAUUCACCAAAACAAAACCUCCACAAUGAACUGAUUCAUCAGUCAUCACCAAUCUGACCUACAAUGUUAAACGACGCCGUUCUCCUUCUAUUACUGUUAUCUUUCCCGUUAACAUGCUUCGGGAUCCGUUAUUUUCCGUCCAACGGAGAAAAAACAGAGAUCCAUUUAGGAUCCGACAUCUUAUCCGGGUUCACCGAAGCUCCAGACUACCGUAACGGCGUAGACUGCUCACGUGCCACCAUUCACAUCGCAAUGACGAUUGAUUUAGAAUACCUACGUGGCACAAUCGCCGCCGUCCAUUCCGUCCUCCGCCACGCGUCAUGCCCAGAAAACAUCUUCUUCCAUUUCAUCGCUGCAGAGUUCGACCCGGCUACCCCACGUGACUUGACCCGACUUAUAAGAUCAACCUUCCCAACACUCCACUUCAAGAUGUACAUCUUCCGUGAAGACAGAGUCAUUAAUCUGAUCUCGUCAUCGAUCCGAAUCGCACUAGAAAACCCGUUAAACUACGCCCGAAACUACCUGGGCGAGAUACUUGACCCGAGUAUCACCCGGGUCAUUUACCUCGACUCAGAUAUAAUCAUCGUCGACGAUAUAGCAAAGCUAUGGAAUAUUACAUUACAUCACAACCGGGUUAUCGGAGCCCCGGAAUAUUGCCAUACAAAUUUUACAAAAUACUUUACCGAUAACUUCUGGGCAAACCCGGGUAUGUCUACCUGGGUCUUUAAAAAACGUCCGUGUUAUUUUAACACGGGCGUAAUGGUAAUGGAUAUGAACCAAUGGAGAAAAGGCAUGAGUCAGAAAAAAUUAGAGCACUGGAUGGAAGUCCAGAGGAGUAAAAGAAUAUAUGAACUGGGCUCGUUACCCCCGUUUUUACUAGUCUUCGGGGGCAACAUUGAGCCCAUUCACCACAGGUGGAACCAGCACGGGCUCGGUGGGGAUAAUGUGAAAGGGAGUUGUCGGACCUUGCAUUCGGGUCCGGUUAGUUUGUUGCAUUGGAGUGGUAAAGGGAAGCCGUGGGUGCGGCUUGAUGACAAGAGGCCGUGCCCGUUGGAUCAUUUGUGGGAGCCGUACGAUCUUUAUAAAGGUAAGCGUGAUGGGCGUCGGAUAGCCGUUGGAUCUGAUGGUUUGGAGGGGUAUUCUGGGUAUUUUGAAUGAUUGAAUAGGUAUUUUGGGGGAUACUUUUUUUUGGUGCAAGUUUUAUGGUUUCUAGGGAGCAUUGAUAUUCAUUGACAGCUGUGUACAGAAAUUUGUAGGGGUUUAAAUUUGAUUGGAUGGAUUGGUACUGAGGGCAUCUUGCUAGGUGUCGUUGUUAACCUAUGACCUUGACGGAAAUAAAAAUUUAUUGUUGCUGUUCAAAAAAAAAAAAUUACAAGGAAUAUUCAGAUAAAUUUGUUUAAUAUGUUUCA